CAACUGUUGCCUUGUGAAUCAUCCGCCAUAGUCACCGUAGUCCUGGUGAUUGUUACUCAUCAACAACAGCUCUUCUGCUGCUUUCCGUCUCCUUCAUCAUCGUCACCUACAACAACCACCACAAGCAAGAAUAACAACACAGCUUUCCACAGUUCAGAGACCACGAUGCAGACAUCAGAGACUGGGUCAGACACAGGUUCAGCUGUGACUUUACAAGCUUCUGUGGCUGGCCAGACAGCAGUGCCCACACAGGUAGUACAGCAGGUACCGGUUCAGCAACAGGUACAGCAAGUACAGACUGUGCAACAGGUACAGCAUGUCUACCCAGCCCAGGUUCAGUAUGUGGAGGGAAGUGACACAGUCUACACAAAUGGAACUAUUCGAACAACUUAUCCUUACACAGAGACCCAGCUGUAUAGUCAAAACACUGGGGGAAAUUACUUCGACACUCAAGGAAAUUCUGCACAGGCAACGACAGUGGUCUCCUCUCAUAGUAUGGUGGGCACCGGAGGAAUUCAGAUGGGUGUUGCAGAAGGACAGCUCAUUAGCAGCUCAGGAGGGACCUAUGUGAUUGGCAAUUCAAUGGAAAAUUCUGGUCAUUCAGUGACUCAUACAACACGGGCCUCCCCAGCUACAAUUGAAAUGGCAAUUGAGACACUGCAAAAGUCUGAUGGUCUUUCUACUCACAGAAGCUCUCUUCUCAACAGCCAUCUCCAAUGGCUUUUAGACAACUAUGAAACUGCAGAAGGAGUGAGUCUCCCCAGAAGCACCCUUUACAACCAUUACUUACGUCAUUGUCAGGAGCACAAGCUAGAUCCAGUCAAUGCUGCCUCCUUUGGAAAACUCAUACGGUCAAUCUUCAUGGGAUUACGGACCAGAAGAUUGGGAACCAGAGGGAACUCCAAAUACCAUUAUUAUGGGAUUCGUGUCAAACCAGAUUCUCCCCUUAAUCGGCUACAAGAGGACAUGCAAUAUAUGGCUAUGAGACAGCAACCCAUGCAGCAGAAACAGAGGUACAGGCCUAUGCAGAAAGUGGAUGGAGUUGCAGAUGGUUUCACAGGAAGUGGGCAACAGACAGGCACAUCCGCUGAACAAACUAUAAUUGCCCAAAGUCAACAUCAUCAACAGUUUUUAGAUGCAUCUCGAGUACUUCCAGAGUUUGGAGAAAUUGAAAUAUCUUCUCUGCCAGAUGGUACUACACUUGAGGACAUAAAAUCACUGCAAAGUCUUUAUCGAGAGCACUGUGAGGCAAUAGUGGAUGUUGUUGUGAAUCUUCAAUUUAGCCUGAUAGAAAAAUUGUGGCAAACUUUCUGGCGCUAUUCUCCCUCUGCUCCAGCUGAUGACGCAGCUAUUAUUGAACUGAGCAAUCUGAGUGAAAUAGAAAGUCGACUUCCAAAAGGAAAACUGAUUACCCUGUGCAAAAAUGAGUCUAUUCUGAAAUGGAUGGGUAAUUGUGACCAUGUGAUGUACCAGGCUUUGGUGGAGAUUCUCAUUCCUGAUGUCCUUAGACCUAUUCCUAGUGCCUUGACUCAAGCCAUUCGCAAUUUUGCAAAAAGCCUUGAAGGUUGGCUUUCCAGUGCCAUGAAUAAUAUUCCACAGAGAAUGAUGCAAACCAAGGUUGCUGCUGUAAGUGCCUUUGCCCAGACUUUGAGAAGAUAUACAUCUCUUAAUCAUCUGGCUCAGGCAGCUCGGGCUGUGCUUCAGAACACUUCUCAGAUCAACCAGAUGCUCAGUGAUCUCAACCGUGUUGAUUUUGCCAAUGUACAGGAACAGGCUUCCUGGGUGUGUCAGUGUGAUGACAAUAUGGUUCAAAGACUAGAAACAGAUUUCAAGAUGACUCUUCAGCAGCAGAGUACUCUGGAGCAGUGGGCUGCCUGGCUUGAUAAUGUAAUGAUGCAAGCACUGAAACCAUAUGAAGGAAGACCCAGCUUUCCUAAAGCAGCACGGCAAUUUCUUUUAAAGUGGUCUUUCUACAGCUCAAUGGUGAUUCGAGAUUUAACCUUACGCAGUGCUGCUAGCUUUGGCUCUUUUCAUCUGAUCCGCUUGCUUUAUGAUGAGUACAUGUUUUACUUAGUAGAACAUCGUGUUGCUCAGGCAACAGGAGAGACACCUAUCGCCGUUAUGGGAGAGUUUGGUGAUUUAAAUGCUAUAUCCCCUGGAAAUAUGGAUAAAGAUGAGGGCAGUGAAGUUGAGAGUGAAAUAGAAGAAGAGCUGGAUGAAAAUGGAGAGCCACAAGCCAAGAGGGAGAAAACAGAACUAAACCAGGCACUUCAGGUGGGCUGCAUGCAGCAGCCAGUGCUUGAGAGUGGAGUAGAGCAGAGCCUCCUGAACCCACUUCAUAAUGAGCACAUUGUUACAAAUACUCAGACUGUCAGACAGUGCAGUGCUACUGGAAAUACAUAUACUGCAGUCUAAUAUUGAAGUGCCCCCCCCCCCCACUACAUUAGCCCUGUUGAUGUUGGACUUAAUGUGGCAGGAGGGAGAAUAGGUCUGAAAGUUGACUUACCAAAUUUUAGCUGUGCUGAACUUUACCUUUCAUUAGAGUUGUGAAAUGAAAUGGGUGUAUGCAUUUUGUCAGAUGUUUAAAGAAAAUUGUAAGCAAAAUAAUUUUACAUUGGUUACUCAAUAUUAUGAGUUUUCCUAGUUUCAAGUGUCAAGGAAGAUUUUUGCCAAGCUUUUAAUGUUAAUGCUUUUGUCCUCUUAAAAGAAAAUUUAUCUUUUUCAUAGUUUAAAGAUAUUUUAAUGUUAAUUAUUUGUCAUAAUGAUUUAAUAUACAUAGGUUUUUAAUUAGAUGUACUUCUGUGAAAUAUUAAAAUACAUACUUUCUUUUACUUA